ACAGCUGAUCUAGAAGAGGAGAUCCACGCGUUUAGACACCUUACACCUGCAGCAGCAUACACCAGAUACGAUUCCAGCUUGGAACCCUGGUUUGAGUCCCUUAACAACGUCUUUCAACGGGAUGGAGGAGAACUUGUAACGUGGGCGCCUUCAGCCGUGUUCAGCAUUCUAUCUUUGAUAGCUGCCGUUCUUUCCAUUAUUCUCCCUGAAACAAAAGGAUGUAAUCUAUCGGAGGAAAAUAAGAUUGAAAAACACACAGACAUGCGAGGGAAAGAUAACUUCGGCUCUUUGGGAGAUACGGAUUAUCAAACACGACUCAUGAAAACAACCGAAACAGCAGAUGAUGGCGAGUCUGUCACCAAAGAGAACGUGAUUAAGCAUUUGACAGACGAGUACAAGUGUUAGUGAUACGUAAUGUUAUUAAUGUAUGGCGACAUUAAGUGCUAGUGCAGAACCAAUGCCUUUAAUAGAGUAUCUCAACACGACAUUAAUGUACUGAAUUUUCCUGCUCCUUACCAGAGUAUUGAUGCCUUGAACAAGAUA